AUUUCCUACAACCGAUAGCAAUGUGAUUGCACAUGUUAAUUUGGAACUGUCAAACGCACGUUGCUUUGUUUGCAUUUCAACUAGAGUCAGGCUUUUAUGCUAUUACACCAAAAACGUUCAAGUCUACCGGCUUUUCGGUGAUAUGGAGACUACAUCGGUCGAUCUGGGGUUUCUAGAACCAUGUGAACCGUGGCUGCUAACGAACAAGUUCUUCCGCAGUAAGGUUGGUGGAAAGCCGGCCUGGUUAGAAUUGAAAAGCUUACCGAAACCCGACGAUCUUCUUUGCGGACAGUGUAGCGAACCACUUGGAUUCCUUUGUCAGGUAUACGCUCCAGUUGAAGACAAAGAUAACAGCUUCCACAGGACACUGUAUUUGUUCGUGUGUUUAAAAGCGGCCUGUAAUCAGUCCCCCGAUUCAGAAGCAAGAACCAUCAAAGUACUAAGAAGUCAGCUACCAAGACGGAAUGAGUUUUACGCUUAUGAUCCACCGGAUGAAUCAACGGAAUCGCCUGCGGUCAAAUCUCCAGUUCCGUUGUGCGUUGUGUGUGGUUGUCGAGGACCGAAGCUUUGCUCUCGUUGCAAAUCGAUCAAUUACUGUAGUGCAUCGCACCAACGGCUCGAUUGGAAAGCUACCCAUAAAGCUAUGUGCAGUGAGGAAGGAAUAACAACCGCGAGUACAACUACCGCAUCAAGUUCCAUUCUUUUUCCUGAGUUUGAGAUCAUAACCGAGGCUGAAGAAUAUGAACCAAAAGCAAAACUAUCCGAGGAAGAGAACAUGAAGCGUCAAAUGGCAGAGCUGGAGCGGCUGAAACAGGAAGGCAAAGCCGGUGCUUUGGACGAUCUGCCCGAAGCGGAACUGGACAAAUAUUCGGCCGAUCAGGUGGAAGAUAAAACGUUCGAUAAAUUUAAGGAACGCAUUUCGGCAGAUCCCGAACAAGUGCUGCGGUACGACCGUGGUGGCAAACCGCUCUGGUUGUCGCCCAUCGUCCCGAAACACAUUCCUGCCUGCGAACGAUGUACCGGUCCGCGGGUGUUUGAAUUUCAAAUCAUGCCUCAAAUGUUGAACAGCUUGAACCACGAUCAGCUAGACUGGGGCACUCUAGUGUGCUACACCUGUGAAGCAAGCUGUGACGUGCAAGGCUACACGGAAGAAUUUAUCUACCGGCAAGACGUGCUCAACACGGAUACGGCAAAGCAAUAAGAAGCAUUUUAUCAAUGAAACGUGCUCAACUGUAAGUAUGAAACGAGCAGUCAUUUAAUGCCACCACUACAUAUCAUUGUGGAGCUGCUUUGUCCAAGUAGAGGCCCUCAAAAGGCUUAAUGGAUUGAGUCGUCAUAGGUGUCAUGUCUAAUGAUAUAACCAUUGGAUUUAUGUAUGAACGAGUUAGUCUGUAAACCAAUGUAUAACUAUUGGUUCGUUUCAGCUUGAAAAUAAAAUCUAAACGACACGUUUAUUGACGUUCAUAAA